CCAGGUCCUGGCAGCACCAUCCGGCUGGGGGUGAGGACACUGGCCGCCUGUUUCACGAACACUGGAUGUUUUUAUUUUGAUUUCUUCCUCAUUUUCUUGCCUGGAGAGGCUGUACAUGUCCACGCUAUUAUCCCCGAGACGACAGCAAGCCGGCGAACGAGCACAGUAUCGAUGGGGAAAAUAAGUUGAUCGGCUUCGGAAGAAUGUUUUCCUCGUUCCUAGAAAAGGGAUUGCUCGGAUCAGCGUGAUGGGUGUAUCGAGCACACCGGAGCUUCGGGGAUUUUGACUUUUGGAGAGGAUCUGGAGAUUUACAUCUACAGCUUAAGGGUUUUCGAGCGCAACGAAAAGCGUCAACACUUGCGCGGAGCGCCAUACUGCGAAGAAAGAAGCUUCCCGGAUCGAUAGAGUGUUUGCUCGCGAUCUGCAGAUCUGCUCGCGCUCCGCAACGUCGAGUUGCUCACACGGGAGAUUUUUUGGGAUUCGCUUUCUGAAUCGGUUUCAUGUUAAGCAAGUAAGCUGGCGAGCGAGUACCGAGUCGGCAACAGUGGCCUGAUUGAUAUCCGCGUAACUUCUGCAAACUGCAUGCAGCCCUGGCGGUGGAAAUGGGGCUGGAUCAACCCAAAAUGGCAAAUAUGAAGAAGUGUAAAAGAUGAAUGUCACAUCACCCACGUAACCUGCACCAUUCACAAAUUUCCCUUUCCGCGCAAUAGAGGGGGAAACAAGCCCGAGUUUCGAGCGAAGCAAGGUGCUCCCUUAUAUCUCCAACAUGAGGGAGAUUUAAGGCCGUGUAGAAAUUAUUUAUUAUGGGGGGAGCGGGUCAACAUUUUGAUUUAAUCUCUCUGUUGUUUUUUACUUUUCUCUUGUUUUCUCCCAGCGAUAGGUUUUAUUGAAAGUGCUAUUGUGUUUUAUUUGCUGGCGGUUUAUAAAGAGAAAGAUCUUCGGAAGUAGGUCAGAUCAAAGAAAAGAUAAGGCUGGAGAGUUGGCUGGAGGAUCUUUUGUCAUGCUAGCAUGACACCUUUCCAUACUUAUCCUAACAUUCGCCGGACAUCUAUGCUUUGAUUUGACUAAUCGUUUGGCUAAAUGACAGCUAAAUGAGAGUUUGACCAGCGCUUAUCUUGACAGCCUCCCUCUCCAUCUCGCCGCCGUCUGAUCUUGUUUGGAGUCCCAUUUUUUGCUUCUCCUCCGUCAUUGCUUUGUUUUUGUUUUUGCCACCUCUCGUUUUCGGGCUGUUGAGUGAGUGAAUGGCUCUGUGCGGAACGACGGCUUCCAAUGCCGCGAAAAUGAUGGCUGCAUACAACGGCGGCACCUCGGGGGUGGCAGCGCAUCACCCGCACCAUCACCACCAGCUACCCCAUCUCCCGCCGCCCGCCCACCUCCACCAUCAUCAUCACCCGGGCCAGCAUCACCUCCAGCACCCCGGUUCGGCCGCCGCCGUGCACCCCGUACAGCAGCACGCUUCCGCAGCCGCCGCCGCUGCUGCCGCUGCGGCAGUGAUGCUGAACCCGAGCCAGCAGCAGCCGUACUUCCCCUCGCCCGCUCCCGGUCAAGCUCCGGGGCCGGCGGCCGCUGCAGCUCCAGCGCAAGUUCAAGCCGCCGCCGCGGCCGCUGUGAAGGCGCACCACCACCAUCAUCAGCACUCGCAUCACUUGCAACAGCAUGUGGAUAUCGAGCCGGACAGACCUAUCGGAUACGGAGCUUUCGGUGUUGUUUGGUCGGUGACAGACCCCAGAGAUGGCAAACGGGUGGCCCUUAAAAAGAUGCCCAACGUCUUCCAAAACCUCGUCUCCUGCAAGAGGGUUUUCCGUGAGCUGAAGAUGCUCUGUUUCUUCAAACACGAUAAUGUGCUGUCAGCUCUGGAUAUUCUUCAACCUCCACACAUUGACUACUUCGAGGAAAUUUAUGUGGUGACGGAGCUGAUGCAGAGUGACCUUCAUAAGAUCAUCGUGUCUCCGCAGCCCCUGAGCUCCGAUCACGUCAAAGUCUUUCUCUACCAGAUCCUGCGAGGACUGAAGUAUCUACACUCGGCUGGUAUUUUGCACAGAGACAUUAAACCUGGUAACCUUCUGGUCAACAGCAACUGUGUACUUAAGAUUUGUGACUUUGGCCUGGCGAGAGUAGAGGAGCUGGACGAGUCGCGUCACAUGACACAGGAGGUGGUCACACAAUACUACAGAGCGCCGGAGAUCCUGAUGGGGAGCAGGCACUAUUCCAACGCCAUUGACAUCUGGUCUGUGGGCUGCAUCUUUGCCGAGCUGCUUGGGCGACGCAUCUUGUUCCAGGCUCAGAGUCCCAUCCAACAGCUGGACUUGAUCACAGAUCUGCUGGGGACUCCAUCUUUAGAGGCCAUGAGGACGGCGUGCGAGGGGGCCAGGGCUCACAUCCUGAGAGGCCCUCACAAACAGCCUUCACUUCCUGUCCUGUAUACCCUAUCUAGUCAAGCAACCCAUGAGGCCGUUCACCUUCUCUGCAGGAUGUUGGUUUUUGACCCAUCAAAGCGGAUCUCUGCGAAGGACGCACUGGCGCACCCGUACCUGGACGAGGGGCGUCUGCGCUACCACACCUGCAUGUGCAAAUGUUGCUACACCACUUCCUCUGGUCGCGUCUACACUAGUGACUUCGAACCUGUCACCAACCCCAAGUUUGACGACGGCUUUGAAAAGAACCUGUCAUCAGUUCGACAGGUCAAAGAGAUCAUUCAUCAGUUCAUUAUGGAGCAGCAGAAGGGGAAUCGGGUGCCGCUCUGUAUCAACCCCCAGUCAGCUGCCUUCAAAAGCUUUAUCAGCUCGACAGUAGCUCAACCAUCCGAGAUGCCUCCAUCUCCUCUAGUUUGGGAGUAGCUGUGGACGUCGGUGACAACAGUAGUGGUGGACAUCCCUCCCGCGGCGCCGGUCCGCUCCCACCCCUCACGCACCCUGGACUACUGACCCCCGGGCAUCCCCAAACUGCGUAGCAUUUCACUGGAGUCUAGGAUUAGCCAUGUUGCUGAUGUGUGUGUGUACUGUAAUACUAAAUGGAGUUUUAUAGAAGCAACCACUACUGUUUGAGUUCAAGCGGGACACGGGAAGGGUCGGUUGGGUUACGGGGGGCUGGUUUGUGUGUACGGUAGAGACGUACCCACAUAAAUCGAAGGAUCGCGAAGCACGCCGAGACGCCAGCGAACACGUGCCCUCGCAGGCGAAGUCGAUCCCUGUGGACUUGAAUGUAUUUUGGACACCAGGGCGGCGAACUCUGCGUGGUAUACCUGUAGGAAAACUCAUUGAGUCUGUGCACGCAAGUAGUCCUGCUUUAUUUUUUCACGGAAGUCGGCAGUGCUAAACAUAGUUCAUAAAAGAAGGCAACUUUCUCUCUCUCUCAUGCUUGCACCUCCACUAAAAACUGUGACCACUU